CAGGCCUCCUCCCUCUAGCUCGCCGGGAGCGCUCCCUAAACACAGGCCCUUUCCAGUGAGCUCUCCUCCUGGAGACCCCUCCACGAGGUCACUUCUCCUGGGGGGACCGGGGGCAGCGCAUCUGCAGGGGCUCCUGUGCCUGCCCUUCUCCCACCAAGCUGGGGCUUUUCCGGCAUAAACAGGGCAGGCCAGGCGCAAAGCGGGGGCGGCUUCCUCUCUCCACACUGUUCUCAGCGUGGUCCGCCCGGAGCGGUCCUGGGGCUCGAGUGGGUGCAGGAGGACGGCUCGUUGCUCUCCUCUGAAUUUCAGGGAUCUUCCGGUUGUUCAAGUCCUGUGGGUGCGGGCCUUGGGAACGAGCAGUGGGAAAGGGCUCGUUUCAACGCUGUUGGCGCUUGUCCUUAGACCUGCAAGGCUGACCUUGGAGACAGAAGGGGGCCCCGACAAGCAUCCGUAGCGUGGGCCUGCAAGUCUCCUUUCCCAGGAUGACCUACGUUGUUCUCUGGGGAUGGGACUCUUCUGCAGGGACUGCAGAAGCACCCCUGCCCAUUUCUGCUGUGUCACCACUGCCCUGGGAGGGAUGUGUGAAGCCGCUCGGGGGUUCGGAGAGAGAUGAGACUAAGCAGUCUGUCUUUUCAGCGACAGGGAAUAAGGGAUGGGGGGGGACUGGCCCUCAACGUCCUGGCAUUCGAGCUGGGGCUGCCUAAAUUCUUUCGGCCUCAGGGGUUUUACAGCAGAGCCAAGUGGUCGGCACUCCCCAGGGGGCAUCAGAUAGCAGGUCAGUGAGAAUCCCGGCCACCUACUGGGCAUCGAGGAGAGUCCGCGGAGGCCGGGUCAUGUGCAAACACCGUCGUCCGGUGCAGACCGGUGUGAGCCGCCGCGCAGUGCGACCGGUUUCCGAGGGAGGACACCGGGGGCCCCGCGGGAGGCCUCCUGGCCCCGCCAGCCCCGGGAUCCGCCCUGGGGCCUCCGAGGGCUGGACCUGCGGCGGAGGGAGACGGGCGGCGCGCGGCCCGGGGUGGGGGGCCGGGGCGGGGCGGCUGGGCCGCGGGCCGCGGGCCCCGGGCGUCCGGAGGGCGCCGCGCGACGCAGGUGCGGCGCCCCGCUCCGCCGCAGAGGAGGGCCUGCGUGCCACGGCGAGCGCGGAGGGGGCUGCGCGGGGCCGCCUGCGCGCGCCGCCGCGCCCCCGCACCCCGCCCCCGCCGGCCCCUCCCGCCGCCGCGGCUCCUUUCUUCUCGGCUCCCGGCGGCGCGGAGAGCGCGGCGCGCGGUCCGUCCGUCCGUCCGUCCGUCCUCGCCGUCUCCUGCCCGGCCGCUCUGCAGAGGUCCCCGGAGGCGGGGGCGAGCGAGCGCCCCAGGGGCCCCGCAGCCGCAGCCGCAGCCGCAGCCGCAGCCGCGCGCCCGAACCCGCAGGGCGAGGCGAGCGCGUGCGGACCGAGCAGAGCCCGCGAGCGGCCGCGCGUCCGCCCUUAG